GUCCCCACCAGCCACUCAGAAUCGACGUGAACACGGUAUCGUGCGCUUGUCUCGGCACUCCGAGACACACACGUUAUAUAUAUACAUAUAUAUUAUCUUUAACGCAUAUCCAACGCGUUUUUGAGUUAUCAUCAUCAUCAUCAUUAUUAUUAUUAUUAUUAUUAUUAUUAUUAUUAUUAUCAUUAUUAUCAUCAUCGUUUUGAAUUGGAACAUUUCGAGUUUCUCGAAUACGUUCCUUGCAUUGGAACACGGGCUUUGUUUGUGACAAGUGGAAAGUGAGGAGAAGUAAUCUGAUAAAUAAACGAUGGCACCGCAUACCAGCUACACGCCUGUCAGUGGUAUGGAGUACGAGGAGCCGGUGUCGAGGACUUAUCAGUACAGAAAGGUGAUGAAACCGAUGCUGGAGAGGAAGAGGCGGGCAAGGAUCAAUCGCUGCCUGGACGAGCUGAAGGAUCUGAUGGUGACCGCGCUUCAGGCCGAGGGGGAGAAUGUGGCCAAGUUGGAGAAGGCUGACAUUCUCGAGCUCACCGUCCGCCACCUUCACACGCUCAGGGCUGCCAGAAGGCUCACCCUCACGCCGGAGAACAGCUACGCGGACAGAUUCAGGGAGGGGUUCACCCAGUGCGCGCAGGAAGUGUCCUCGUUCCUGUCCACCCCUGUCGCGGCCGCCGUACACCCUGCUGCCGGUGCACAAUUGAUGAGACACCUCGGUGGUUGCCUUCGAAGACUCGAAGGAACUUCCUCGGCCAACCUUGGAACCACCACCUCAAACAACACCACCACCACCACCACCUCCACCACCGUCGCGUCCACUGUGAACGCUGUGAGCAAGGCGACGCCAGCCGUCAGUCCAACCACCAACGUGAUGAUCAACGUGCCGCAGAAUGUUUACACGCCUCCCCAAAGUCCUGUCAGUGUGGCAAGUUCGUCCGGGGAGUCUAUGGAGUCGUCGAACGCUGUUUGGAGGCCUUGGUGAUUGGACGAAGGAUGAAGUUUCGAUAAUUUUUGAAGACUUUGAACUUUGACAAGCUAACUUCCGUUCCUCCCUGAUGGAGAAGAAGCUUCGCUGUGUGUGGCAGGAGCAAAUGGGAGGGGAGAAAACGACGAAUCAUUUGUCUUCCAUACGUUGAAAAUUGUUGAGCCUCGUUCUCGUUCGAGGUGUUCGAUCGAUAAUUAUAGAUUGAUAUAAUCGUUUUUUUGUUAAGUAAUUAAUCGUAAUUGGGAUCACUGUUUCUCGAGAUGCUAUAUUUCUAUGUCUCUCUUUCUCUCUCUGUUUCCUUCUCUCAUCUCACUGUAAAUAGGUGAUGAAGCUUUAAGUGAUACGUCUGUGAUAGGGCUCGAUUUUUGUACCUGAGACAAACUAUAUUCUCGUAAAGUAGAAGGAUUAUUAUUAUUAUUAUUAUUUUAAUAUUAUUAAUAUUAAUAUUAUUAUUAUUAUAAUUAUUAUUAUUAUUAUUAUUAUUAUUAUUAUUAUUAUUAUAGAUUAUAAUUUGUUAUGUUUAGUUAAGAGGCAAUUUUUUUUUUUUAGACAUAAUGAAAUAUACGGUGUUUUUGUUCAAAAAUUAUAAUUACAUAUCAUGCAGAAAUUAAUAAACAUACAUUGUUUCAAUCAUUUGAA